CUACAUGUUUCUUUACCCUAACGGCCUAACCUUUCUGCUCUAGCGAAGGCACAGCCGCCGCUGUUUCUUCAUCUUCCUUGCAGCGCCGGCGCUCCAUCUUACUCUCCCUCCCUUACUAGCGCUUGACACGCAGGUGACGGCGGCAGCGACGGCGCUCAGACUCGGGCUUUUAGUGACGGCAUCAGCGGUUUCCCCUCCCGCCUCUUGCCAGUCCCAUCGCGCCCUCGCCUCGGGUCCUCUGCACACCGUCCAGUGACCUUGCGUGAUGGACUGGAUAAAGUUUUGCAGCGAUUUUACCGCAAGUGAUGGGAAACAGCAUGCAUUGCUUGAUAAUCUUAAUCAGGAAUUGUCCCAGAAGUCUGUACUAUUGGGUGAUGGUUUUAAACUGUCAGCUGCUGAUAAUGAUGUGUUUGCAACUGUUCAUCCUUUUGUGAUCCGUGUUAGUGACAGCGAGUUGCAGAAAUAUCCACAUGUACUGCGGUGGAUGGACUACAUUCAGAACACUGUUGGUGCUGGUACAACUUUGCAAAAGAUAAAUGUGACCAAGUCUGACUUUGAUCCACCUUCUCAUCCAAGGAAAGCUGAUAAAAAAGAUGCUGAAUCAAGUUCAAAGAAAGCCAUUUCCGUACAGAAGACUGCUGACAAGUCAAAUGGAAGUGCUGACUCAAAGAAAUCCACAAGAGAGCCUCCUGAAAAUAAGGAGAAUCCUACUGCUGCGGGGAACAGCAAAACCUCUGGGGAGAAAAAGAAAGUGCAAGAGAAGUCAGCAGGAAAAACAACAGAGAAAGCUCCAGAGAAAAUUGCAGACAAGGAAUCAGAGUGCGAUAUCAGUAUCCUGAAUAUACAGGUUGGCCUUAUCCGUAAAGCAUGGAAGCAUCCAUCUGCUGACAGCCUUUUAGUUGAGGAGAUAGAUUUGGGAGAUGGUAAUGUGCGUCAAGUUGUUAGUGGUCUUGCAAAGUAUUGCAGCCCAGAUGAUCUUACUAAUCGGCAUGUUGUCUUGAUCACGAAUGUGAAGCCUGGAAAGCUGCGAGAUGUAAUGUCUGCUGGAUUGGUCCUUUGUGCUUCAACUGAAGAUCAUGCUGCUGUGGAGCCUUUGAUUCCUCCAGAAGGAGCCAAGAUUGGAGAACGCAUUUCAUUUGCUGGGUUUGAUGGGAAGCCUGAAGAUGUUCUAAAUCCAAAGAAAAAGCAGCUGGACAAGAUUACCCCGCAUCUUCGUACCGACGAGAAUGGAAUUGCAAUGUUCAAAGGUGUUCCCUUUACUACAUCAGCUGGCCCAUGUAGAUCUUCGAUUCACAACGGAAAUGUUAAGUGAGCAGCUCAUUAGACAUGGUUGCAUAGAUUGACAUCAAACUUAUGCAGGCUGUCUGUGUACCAUUUUGUCAUACAUCAUGUUUUGCCCAUAUUUAGCGUUGCAAAAUUUGAACAGAGUUACACUAUCUGUAAGCAAUUUUCUACUAAUGGUUGGCCCAGAGUUUGCUUUUGAGUAUGCUAUCACAGACAAAUCAAAUAUCCUUAAGUCUACACAGGUGUGGUCCUGUGUUGAGCAAGACAUCUGGGACCGCAAAUUUUCAUACCAUUUGUGUCUGUUAGCCAAAGAUGCUUUGGUUGGCGUAUGAGUUAGUAGUUACAAGUGGUUUUCAGGAAAAAAAAAUAAAAUAGAACCAAUACCUUGCUUGGUUGGAG